UAUUCGUUUUGCAUUGUCCGUUUUAUCCCCUGCGAUUAAGUUUCGCUAUAAAUUGGAGUCCUGACCAGAAUAAGAUAUCAUUGAUCACAGUGACUUCAGCAGUAACGCACUAACCACCAUCUACCAUCCAACAAAAUGGCAUUCAAGUUUGUCGUCUUCCUCGCCUCUUUGGCCGUUGCCAGCGCCGGAUACCUGGAAUCUCCAGCUCUGUCGUACGCCGCUCCAGUUGCCGCUCACUACUCGCCUGCUGCUUCAGUGAGCUACAGCAGCCUUUCUCACGCCACUCCUCUGGCUUACGCUUCUCCAGUUGCCAAGACUGUCGCUUACUCUAGCCCAGCUCUUGGAGCUACCCACGAGAGCACCAUCCGCGGACAUGAUGCCACCAUCUCGCACCAGUCCAAGGCCAUCGAUACCGCCUUCUCGAGCGUCCGCAAGUCUGACACCCGCAUCACCAACGAAGCCCCCAAGCUGGCCUACGCUUCCUAUGCCGCUCCAGCUGUUGCCACUUAUGCCCAGGCCCCAAUUGCCGUCGCUAAGCAGGUGAGCUAUGCUGCCCCAGCCAUCCAGACCUAUGCCCACGCUGCCCCAGCUAUCCAGACCUACGCCCACGCUGCUCCAGUUGUUGCCGCCACUAAGACCCUGACCUACUCGCCAGCCGUCCAGGUCGCUCAUGUCAGCUACGAAGGAACCAAUGCCCAUUAUGGCUGGUAAAUUGUUCUGCCCCCGGACCACCAAUGAUGCAAUGAUCAAUCAUCGUUGUGUCUAUAUUUAUUAAAAUCUACCGUUGUUGUUAUGUUUGGCAGCACGCUCCGGACGUCAUCUUGGAGUGUGUUUUUAAUAAAUUAGAUACAAUCAA